GCAGAAGACUGGAUCAGUGAGCGCAUGCAGAAGCUAGAAGAUCCUUCCAUACAAGACCCCAGCAACCUGCACGACAAAAUGAAGCUGCUGCAGAAGCAUCAGGUCUUUGAGGCCGAGAUUUUAGCAAAUGAAGAAAUCAUCACAGCUGUUAGUAAGAAAGGAGAAGCCCUUGUGUCAAAAGGCCACCCAAAAUCAACAGAGAUCCGUCGUCAAGUCCGCACACUUCAUGAGCAUUGGGAGAAGUUGAAGAGAGCUGUUGCUGCCCGGGGAAAGAUGCUGGAGGAUAGCCGGGAUUUCCUUGAAUUUCUCCAGAAGGUGGACCAGGUGGAAGCCUGGAUUAGGGAGAAGGAAGUUAUGAUUAACAUAGGUGACGUGGGAAAUGACUAUGAACACUGCCUGCAGCUGAUGAAAAAGCUGAAUGAGUUCCGUGGAGCAGCAUCAGGGGAGGUGACAGUGGAUGAUGCACACAUUAAAGCUAUCAAUGUCCUGGCCAUGAAGCUGGAGAGACAGAACAAGGAGGAAACAAAGACAAUAUAUCAGCGCCGGAAGCAGCUCAAUGAGAAGUGGAACAGUUUCCAUGGGAACUUGAAUACAUACAGAAAGAAGUUAGAGGGAGCCCUAGAAAUUCAUGCCCUAAUCAGGGAGAUUGAUGACAUCACUGAAAGAAUUAGUGAGAAGAGUGCAUUAAUACAAGCGCUGGAUUAUGGGAAAGAUGUGGAAACUGUGGAAAACCUGAUUCGAAGGCAUGAAGAGAUGGAGAGAGAAAUCAGUGUUAUAAAGUCCAAAAUGGAGCCCCUGGAACUGGAAUCUUUCCGCCUUUCCACAAGGAAUCCAUCCAUAAAUGACAGACUGACUAUGAAGCAACAUGAGAUGAAAAACAACUGGCUACGACUCCAGGGGCAAGCCAAACAAAGGAAAGAGAAGCUGGCAGCCUCAUAUCAGUUGCAGAAGUUUAAUUCUGAAGUGAAGGAGAUGCUAGAUUGGAUCCAAAACAUCAAAGGCUUAAUGGAAGCGACAGGGCUUCCUAAAAGCCCGAAUGAAGCAGAAAGCAUGAUCGAGGAACAUCAGGGGAGAAAGGAGGAGAUUGAAGCACGAGUGGAAAGAUUCAACUCUCUCAGCAGCUAUGGUCAGAGACUUGCCAAUUCUGGUCACUAUGCAACCCCUGAGAUUCACCAGUCCCUCUCCCGACUACAGCAAGCCUGGUCUGAAUUGAUCCAAGCGUGGCAGGAGCAAAAUACAAAAUUAUUUGAGGCUCAAGAUUUACAGAAAUUCUAUGGCUACGUGGAGCAGAUUGAGAGCUGGCUCAGCAGCAAAGAGGCUUUCCUAGCCAAUGAGGACCUAGGGGACUCAGUGUCUAGUGUGGAGAGCCUACAGCGUAAACACAUGCAGUUUGAGAAAGCCCUGGAAGCUCAGAUGGAGAAAAUCGAUGAGAUGGCUUCAUUUGCUCAGCAGCUAGCAAAAAACAAGCACUAUGACUCAGACAACAUCACCAACAGAUGCCAGGCCAUUCUGAGGAGAAAAGAGAAACUGCUGGAGAAUGCUGCUGCUCGCAGACGUCGUCUAGAAGAAUCAAGGCUUUUGCAGAGGUUGCUGAAGAAUUCCUUUGAGGUGGCUGCUUGGAUCAAUGAGAAGAAUAGUAUUGCCCAGGAUGACAGCUGGAAGGAUCCAAGCAACCUGCAGACCAAGCUGCAGAAGCAUCAGACUUUUCAAGCGGAGAUCAUGGCCAAUAGAAAUCGCCUGGACUCCAUCAAAUCUGAAGGGGAGAAGAUGCUCCGUGAGAGGCACUAUGCCCCUGAGGCCAUUCAGUCCAGGUUGCAAGAACUGGAAGAGCUGUGGGACGAGCUGCUAGCAAGCUGCCAGGAUAAACAGAUCAAGCUGCAAGAGGCAUACAAGGCCCUUCACUUCCAGCGGAGUGUAGAGGAUAUGGAGAAAUGGUUGGAAGAUGUGGAAAAUGAGCUAAAGACACCCUAUAGUAGCAAUGAUCUGGUGGUUUUGAACAGUCAUCUGAAGAAACAAGAGGAACUGGAGGAAGAUAUUGCUGGCCAUAGGGACCGACUGCAAGAGCUGGUGACAACAGCUCAGGAGUUUCAGCAGGCGAAGCAUUUCCUUGCUGAUGAGCUUGAAGACAGAGUAGAUCAGCUGGUGCAGAGGUACAAAAGUCUACGUGAUCCACUGCAGCAGAGACGGGCGAGUUUGGAGUCAGGCAGACUUCAGUACCAGUUCUUCCGAGAUGUUGAUGAGGAGCUGGCCUGGGUUCGUGAAAAACUCCCAAUGGCUUCCUCCAGGGAUUAUGGCCAAUCCCUGGCAACUGUUCAGAGCCUGCAAGAAAAGCACCAGAUUUUGGAGAAUGAGAUAAAUAGUCGGGAUGCUUUGACCAAAGUGGUGCUCAGUACAGGACAGAAACUGGUAAGGGGAGGCCACUCAGCCUCCCACAAGAUUAUGGAGCAUCUGAAGGAGCUGGAGACAUCUGUAGAAAACUUGAAGGCAGAAGCUCAGGGGAGGAGGCAGAGACUCAUGCAAUCAUACGAGGCCCAUCAGUACCUUGCUGAGUUACUGGAGGUGGAGGCUUGGUUGGCAGAGAGGAGCUUCAUCUUGGGGACCUCUGAUUAUGGGAAGAAUGAAGAAUCCACCCAGGCUUUGCUUCGUAAGCUUGAAGCCACUAAGCUGGACAUGGAGGGAUUCAGGCCUCGGAUUGAGAAAGUACAGGAGACAGGCACCAGCUUAAUAAACAGAGACAACCCAGAGAGUCCAGCCAUACUCGCGAAGCUCCAGGGGAUCCUAGCAGAGUACCAGUCUCUCCUACAGAAGGCCGAGACACAGAGAAAAUGUCUGCAAGAACAAUUCCAGCUGUAUCAGUUUGAAAGAGAAUUCCAGCUGGUGGAAGCCUGGCUGUCCAGUAAGCAGUCUGUGGCAGAGUCUGACGACUAUGGACAGGACUUGGAUGAUGUUGAGGUGCUGGAGAAAAAGUUUAAAGAUUUCGUAAAUGAGGUGAAACCUCUUGGACAUGCCAAAGUUCUUUCCCUAAAUGAAUUAGCAUCUAAGCUAGAGAAAGAGGGCCACAGCAAGACUGAAGUUAUCCAGAAGAGAACAAAGGAAAUCAAUGAAAUGUGGGAGAAACUACGCCAUGCCAUCCAGGCAAGGACAGAGAACCUAAGAGCAGCCCAGCAAGUUCAUCGGUAUGAUCACGAUGUGGAUGAAGUAAAAGGCUGGAUGCAGGAGAAAGAGGCGGUGGUGGACAUAGAAGAUUAUGGAUAUGACCUUCCAGGUGUCCAGACGCUUCUAAGCCAACUUGAGGGAGUUGAGAGAGAUCUAGGAGCCAUCAUGAAAGAGCUGGAGCGGAUUCGGGGAGAGGCUUGGCACCUCAGCCGCACCUACCCUCAAGUCAAGGAAAACAUUAUGGAGAGACUCACAGACGUGGAUGAGUGCUGGGGAAACCUGGGCCAGAAGUUCCUGGAGAGGAAGGCAAGACUGAGCCAGGCAGAACAAGUCCAGCUCUACUUCAAUGACUGUAGGGAGCUCAUGGCUUGGGCCAACGAGAUGCAUGCGCUAGUGAUAUCCGAGGAACUGGCAAAUGAUGUGCUGGGAGCUGAGCUGCUUAUCAAGCGCCACGAGGAGUACAAGCGUGAGAUAGAGAAGCAGUGGCUGAAGUAUGAGGAAAUGCAGCGCGCCGGAGAUGACCUGAUGAAGAAUGGACAUUUCAUGUCUGUGGAGAUUGAAGAAAAAUUGUUAGAGCUUUCAGAGCUGAUGAAGAAGGUAAAGGAUAGCUGGGACAUGAGGAAAGAGUUGUAUGAAGAAAACUGGGAGAUUCAGUUGCUCCGGAGAGAACUAGAACAAGCGGAAGCGUGGCUGGCUGCCAAGGAGAGCUUUCUUUCGGAUCCCAGCUAUGGGGAUUCACUGUCUGAGGUGGAAGAACUAUUGAAGAAACACCGGGAUUUUGAGAAGAUGCUUGCAGCUCAGGAGGAGAAAUUUGCUCAACUCAACAGGAAAACUAAGAGGGAGAUGAAUCUUCUGAAACAAACUGACAGAGAAGAGAACGAUUCAAAAGAUCAAGGCAAAGUCGUACGGGUUCCCUCUCUGAAAAGGAAGACAUCUGACAAGAGGAGUCAGCCGCCAAGAGUGAUAGAGAUAAAGAGCACAAAGCCACCGCCGACUGCUCCCCUACCCAGCCUGGCCUUGGGAGCUCCCCUGGAAACAAUUUUCUCCCCUCUUGAGAAGUCUCCAGCAACAUUUCAGCUGUUCAGUCCCGGGGAAUUCCCUGGGGACAGCACCAAAACAGAGAUGAAAGCUGAGAGGAGAGUCAGUGAGAGGAUCCCUCCCCCUGCACCAACGCCCAUGAGUCCACAAACUACAACUUUGGAAAGUCAGGGUUCUCUAGCAUCUCCCUUAUCUCCUGCUCUCACAAACCAGCAAAGCAGCAGCAGUUUGGUGGAAUCGCAUUCUCCAGACCUUCCAUCUGCCCAAGAAGAAAAUGCCAGAGGGGUCGCUUUCUCCAACCUGCAGACAAAAGUAGUGAUAACUCCACCUGGCCAAAGGCCACAAGAUAAAUCCCCAAACUUAUUGCUGUCUGGUUCCUCUCAGGAGAGAUUAGAGAAUGCGUCUUCUGUUUCUGCAAGUCUCCAGCACAUGGAGGGACUCCUAGAAAAGAGAGACCAGCUCCUUCCAGGAAGACACCAGCCAGGCUCAAGGUCUUGGAAAUCUUUCUAUGUAAAACUUGAUGGUCUCAAACUUGAUUUCUAUGAUGACGAAAAAGAAGCCUCUAAGAACGAAUCCACACUCCUGUCUCUCAACAUUGCUGGCGCCACCUGUGAGAGGCUGAUAAAGUAUAUCAGGAAAGAGAACGCCUUCAUGCUGCGGCUGAGAGAUGGGGCAGAGUAUUUCUUUGCAGCACCUUCUCCGAUGGUGAUGGAGGACUGGCUGCAGUCACUGCAGAAUAACAUAGGACACAGGAACAGGCCAAAGGUGCAGCUCUCCAUUCCAGAGACUCCUCAGAAAAGAGUGCGGGACUUUCCAGAAAGAGACACUGCUGAAAGACUAACCAGCAAAAGCUCGCUCCUGAGGAGGACACCUUCCUUCAAAAUCAAAUCGGAGAAAGAGCCUGCAGAAUUUUACAGAGAUUUUAAGGAAGAUGGGACUGCGGUAACACGAGCUUCCAUCACCACCCUGAGACCAGAACAAAAUGGUAAUAAAAAAAAUCUGCCCCUGUCUCUGCUAGAAACAGGAAGAGAACAAUGACAUUUGCCCCAGUGAAUAUCAGAGCCUUCAUCACUGCAUCUUAACCU